AUGAACUUGGAGUUGGGCUUAACUGUUUUGGAAAGUGGUAAAUUAAAUCUAAUAGAGAUACUUAAAGGUAUUAAUACAUAUUGGAAAAAACCUAUCGAUAACUAUGCUCAAAUAGUUGUUAGUAAUAAAUUAAGGGAAUUUGGUGAUUUUCAAAGUUAUAUGGUGUUGGCUUUUGUUGAAGAAGUGGUGGUGAAUGCUGGUGUUUUGUUAACUGCUAUGGAAGAACAUUGGAAAGAUGAUCUUGCAAAUAGAGCAUUAAUAAAUGAUAUGGCUCUUGACUAUGUAGAUGAUAAUGUCAUAGUAGAUAGAUCUAUAAAUGAGGAAAAUAUCUUCUUGACGCUUAUCCUUUUGUCAAUUAUUUAUUCUUAUUGA